AUGAUGAGAAAAGGCUUCCAGGUGGCAGCAAGCCUUGGCCACCAAAGACUCUCCAAGAUUCCCUAUCUCCUACCUAGACUCAACCUGGCGUCAGCAUCUGGACCCUCCACAGACUCCCUGGUCUCAAGAUUCUGUCUAGAGAAGACAGACGUGAAGGACUAUGCCCUUCCCAAUGGCAGCUGGGGUCCAGAAAUGUUGAGCCUAUAUCAAGAGUUUCUGGAGAAGACCAAAUCGGGCAGUUGGGUAAAAAUGCCCUCCUUCAAGUCUAACAGAGAACACAUGCAAGGGCUCAAGCUCCCAUUUGAAUUGGGAGUUACCUCAGACAAAAGUGAUGGGCGCAACUUCACCAGGUGCAUCCACGCAGAAGGACAAGGCUAUGAGUAUGUCAUCUUUUUCCAACCAUACAAGAAGAAGUCAGUCUGUCUUUUCCAACCAGGCCCCUACCUAGAGGGACCUCCAGGGUUUGCCCAUGGAGGGUCUCUGGCAGCCAUGAUAGAUGAGACCUUUUCUAAAACUGCCUACCUGGCCGGAGAGGAGCUGCUCACACUAAGCCUCAACAUCAGGUUCAAAAACUUGAUCCCUGUGGGCUCUCUGGCUGUCCUGGAUGUCCAAGUGGAAAAGAUUGAAGAUCAGAAGCUUUACAUGUCUUGCGUUGCCCAGAGCAGAGACCAGCAGACACUCUAUGCCAAAUCCUCAGGAGUUUUCCUUCAGCUGCAGUUGGAGGAGGAGUCACCGCAGUAG